UCAACGGCGCACAAAGUAAGGAAUUUGAUAUCAAAACCGAUUCUCAUUCAAUCCGAGUGUGAAGCAUGGAACGCUGGCAGAAUCGUGUGGCUGUUGUGACUGGGGCCAGUUCGGGCAUAGGAGCUGCUUUGGCCAAGGAGCUGGUGCGUGCCGGAGUCAUUGUGGUUGGGUUGGCGCGUCGCGUUGAGCGCGUCGAGGCGCUCAAGGAGGAGCUGCCCGACGAACUGCAGUCGCAUCUGCACGCGGUCAAGUGCGAUGUGGGCGAUGAGGCGUCCGUGGCGGAGGCCUUCGAUUGGAUCGAGGCCGAGCUGGGUGGCAUCGAUAUACUGGUGAACAAUGCUGGCAUGCUCUACUCCGGGCAGCUGCUGACCAUGCCGCUGGAUCAGCUGCAGCAUGUGCUGCAGGUGAAUUUGAUGGGCGUGGUCUACUGUACCCAGCGCGCCUUUCGCUCCAUGCAGCAGCGCGAUGUGGCCGGCCAUGUGGUGCUCCUGAACAGCCUCACCGGCCAUCAUAUAAUCCAUCCCCCCAGCGAGGCGCUGCAGACCCUCAACAUGUAUCCAGUGACGAAGCACGGCAUCAGUGCCCUGCUGGAGAUUAUGCGCCAGGAAAUGAGCGGCCUCAAGACGCAGAUUAAAGUAACGAGCAUCAGUCCGGGCGUAACACGCACGGAGAUCUUGCCCGGCGACUACAAUAUUCUGCCCAUGCUGCAGCCGGAGGACAUUGCGGCUGGCAUUAUGUACGCCCUGGGCACGCCGCCCCAUGUGCAGGUGCAUCAGCUGACCAUCAAGCCCAUUGGUGAGCCCUUCUAA